AUGCCACCACAACUACUCCCGGCUUCGGCAGCUGCCUUUGCUCCCCGUGCUUCCUCCGUCAACGUGGUCCUCGGAUCCAAGGUAGAGCCGUGGCUCACGCAAACACUCAAGCGCAUCAACAGGAUCAAGCGCCCACUCAACAGUGUACCUCAGCACCAAAGAUGUCUGACCGAGACCCUGUCGUCGCCAAAUGCCAUCUGGACCCUGGCUUCGCUGAUGCUGCCCAAGGCCCCCGAGUCGGAGCUCAGGAAAGACUCCAACCCGCUGAUUGAGGCCAUCUUCAACUACCAGCUCAUCCACCUCGAGGCCUACAUUGUGCACGUCGACAUGGUAUUGAGAAACGAGGUUGCUUACAAGCUGACGCCGGACACCAUCGAGUCCCUGAUUGAGUACCACAAGGACAUCCACUGUGUCAAUGCAAAGGCCAACACCUACGACUGGUCCGAGAAGGAAACACAGUGCAAGAAGCUUCACGAGGACUUCAUCCAGGCCAUCAACAAGUUUGUCUUCCGGACACAUGUGUCGGCACUCGAGGGGCUCGAGGAGGAUGGUGCUGGAGAGCUGCUCAGUGGGAAGAGUGAAGAGGUGAAGAAUGCCGUCAUGAACCUGGUCAAGCCUCUGCUUCCGCCGCCGCCCAGGAUCGUCGAUGUCGUCCGUCAACCACCGCUCCUGCCCAGCUCGCCUGCAGGUGCGAACAUCUGGUCCCAGGCGCCCACCCCGACCACGAUGCCAGCCCCCGUCGAUUCCUGGAAGAUCCUGCCUUCGAGCCCGAGUGUAGCUUCGACUCCGCCCGACUCGACCAGCCCUACCAUGUGGGCCACGAUUGGCAUCAGCGAGUCCUACACGCCAUCGCCUCCUCUUGCCUACAGCCAGCCGUACACCACAGCUGGUCUGUUCUACGGCUCGCAGUUGGUCUCGUCGCCCAUCCCCCACCUCCCACUGCCCAGCAUGCUUGCUCCUCAGUGCGGUGUGACGGUUGGCUACAACUCGUUUGGCUGGGACAGUCGGUACCAGGACUAUGCGACGACAAUGUGA